AUGCCAUCAAAUCUCUUAAACGCCAGCAAAAGACCACGCUACAAUGGAAUCGACCGCCUUACAAAUAAAGUACCAUCGCUAUAUCAACAAAGUAUCAAGAUUUUGUUUAAGCACGUUAUCUGUGUUGGUCAGCGAAACAAACGGAUCUCGAAGCUGCAAAAUCUUCCGGUCACCGUGCUAAUUAUGGUUUUGGAAGAGAUGUCUUCAUAUCCCUCGCUACGUAGAUCUCUUCACCGGGAACUAUCCGAUCCAAAAUUGUUUAUGAGAGUAUUUAUGCAUCUUGGCGCAGAUCGUUCCGUUCUGGAGAAAUGUUUGCGUAAGGCAAGUUUCUUAGGAAAGCCUGUUCUACCGGAUAUGGCGAAUAGUUGGUGCAAAAUGAUGAAUGCGGACAAAACAGCAAAAAACUCUUCGCAACUAAUGAACAAUAUCAGUGCGGCUACAAAACUUGGUACAUAUCUUCAAGAAGUUGGUUGGUGGAAUCACAGCAAGAAAGUUCUCGAUAUUGCUUUGCUUUUGAUAUCUCAAGUGACAGAAACCCAACUCUACUCGAGUUUGAAUAUCGAAUGCAUGUGCAAACUUCUACGAGCCGAAGGAAUUCUCCGUGUCACGGAAAAUGCUGACGAAACAUGUGAUGCUUUAUUGAAAUUGGCUGAAUGCAUCGAAGACGAUGGAGUUCUUGCCCAAAUUUUUCUGGAAGUGGCAAGCUAUCACGAAAAGGCGGAAAGGUUGACCGAAAGUCAGACCUGGACUACGAAAGCCCUGGAGCUCCUCGUUGAAACAUCAUCUAUCGAAACUGUGGUGGAAAUCCUGCUACUCAAAGGGCGGAUUCUGUAUCGUAACCGUCGGUACGAGGACGGAAAUCUGGUCAUCGGACAGGCCAUUCAUCGAGCCCGAUCUACAUUUGGUUUCCACGACCGACGAUACGCCAACGCUUUGUUCACCUAUGGCGCGUGCCUCAUGAUGACAGCCAGCAAUUAUUCCACUGCCAUCUCCGUUCUGCUCGAGCCGCUUGACAUCUUCAGCAAACUAUAUGGAAAUGUCACACCACAGGUUGCGGUCAUCCAUUUUUAUUUGGCAUACGGUCUGUACUACCGGGAUAUUGGAUUAUUCGAUGUGGCUUCGGCAUAUGAUUCCAUCCAGAGGGCUAUUCUGUUGGCGGAACAAAUCAUGCCGGAACGGCGCCAGUUUAUCGACCUGUGUGGUGAGGUUCGUGCUGCAAUAUUGACCGAACUGAAUGAAUGCUUGGGUGAGGAAAGCGGGAAUAGGGCCGGGUUGGAGGACUUCCAAAUUCUGACCGUGGCAGAGAUUAAACAGAAAUGUACAAGGCGUUGUUUAGAAUAA